UUCAGGAAUGAGGGCCAGUCCCGGGUGUUAGUCAUUUCCUCUGUGAGGAGCUGCGUUUCCACGCGUGUCUCAUAGGAGCGCAGUCACAUCCAGGGAGGGCGACCUACCAGCCGCCUCAGAGCAGUGGAGAACCAGCACAAAAAUGAGUGAACCAUUUAACUGUGAUAGCUGUAAGGAGUCUCUAUAUGGAAGGAAGUAUAUCCAGAUGGAAGGAGGUCCUUACUGUAUACCGUGCUAUGACAGCCUGUUUGCCAACACAUGUGAUGAGUGUAAAGAGCUGAUUGGCCACGAUUCAAGGGAGCUCUAUUAUGAGGAUCGUCAUUACCAUGAGAACUGUUUCCGGUGCUUUCGAUGUGAACGAUCUCUGGCUGAUGAGCCCUUCACUUGCCAAGAUGAAGAACUACUAUGUAAUGAUUGUUAUUGCAGUGAAUUCUCCUCCAAGUGUGUCAGCUGUGAAAAGACAGUCAUGCCAGGAUCUCGCAAAUUGGAAUACAAUGGACAGACUUGGCAUGAGCAUUGCUUCAUAUGCAAUAGCUGUAAGCAGCCCAUCGGAUCUCGCUCAUUUAUUCCUGACAACCAGGCCCAUUAUUGCAUCCCAUGUUAUGAGAGCAAGUUUGCCCCUCGCUGCACACAUUGCAAAAAGUCACUGACCAAAGGAGGCGUAACUUACAGGGAUGAGCCAUGGCACAAGGAAUGUUUUGUCUGUACUGGGUGUAAGACCCAGUUGGCCGGUCAACAGUUUACCUCUCAGGAUGAGAAGCCUUAUUGUAUCAAGUGUUUUGGGAACUUAUAUGCCAGGAAAUGCUUUGGGUGUACUAAACCUAUUACAGGUUUUUUUGGAGGAGAUAAGUAUGUCUCCUUUGAAGACAAGCACUGGCAUAACAGCUGCUUUAACUGCUCCCGUUGCUCAUGUUCCCUGGUAGGGAAAGGAUUUUAUCCAGAUAAUGAGGACAUUCUGUGCCGUGACUGCAACAGUGACCUAUAAACUUCUCAAGAGGGCAGGCUUUAUCUGCACCCCUGUGUACGCCUUGAUUUGUCUGGAGUCCACAUAAGGCAAAGCUAUGGAGCAAUAGGCUUUCUUCCCAAAAAACAUUCUUGUGGACUGCACAGUAACUUUGUGUACUUAUAACACCUUUUGACACUCCAGCAUUUGUCUGCAUUGCUUAUCUUUUCCAUUGCUGCAGUACAGUGGUUCAUUCAGUUUGGAUUCUGCAGUAAAAAGUGUUAUUGUUCAGUAGUUACCGAACAUGCUUUGUAAUUUAAAUAUUCUUAUAGUGGAUAAAAAGUUUAACAUAAAAUGAUUGUAAAGUUAAAAAAAAUCAUCUGUGGCUUUUGGUGUUGCUCUUUGUUGAUGCAUAUUUUUCUGUUCUAUAACUUUACUAUUAAAAUAAACUUGAUGUGAAGUCUUGGUAAAUGCAAGUAGAUGUCCACUUAUAACAGUUGUACACUGUCUCCUUUAGGAAGCAAUGUUGAAUUCAUGAUUAUUGGUCUCUGCUCUAUUAAGUAUUGGACCGGCUUACAAAAUGGCUUCCUUCACGGUCUUCAAAUGACAAAUCUACAUUUUGGUGAAGUAAAAAUAAAACAAAUGUGCUGAAUAUUGCCUGCAGUCUUUAAAAUGAGGCUGUAGAAUAAAUUUAUCUUUCUCAUAA